AUGGCAGUCACACUUGGCAAACGAAAGCGGACAGCCCCAGAGAAACGCGAAAAGGUACCCAAGCGAUUACCGAAGCAAGCGACAGAAUCAGACGACAACGACGACGACGCAGAGGCCCGAGCGCUUUUGAAGAAAGCUUUCGAGGCGAAAUUUGAGCCUCUGCACGUGCAGCCCAUACCAAGCAAGCCACAUACUGAAGUUGCAGAAGAAAACGACGAAGACGACAGCGAUGCCGAGUCGGACUGGAGUGGACUGUCCGGCGACGAAGACCAAGUCGAAGUCAUCGAGCAUGUCAUACCGACAAUAGACUCCAUCUUCGACGCCUCUGCCAAGAAAUUUCUCUCCUCAAAACCGCCCACAUCCGACACAGAAAAUGAUAAUAGCAAAAGUCAAACAAAAGCAAAAAAAGCCGCUUCCACCACAGACGAAGAUGGCACAGAGUCCACCAAUCUCAAACACGACCUCGCACUCCAACGCCUCCUCAAAGAAUCCCAUCUCCUCGACGCCUCCUCAUUCUCCUCUUCCUCCUUCUCCCCCACCGCCCCCGAGGGCAAAAACCGAUUAAAAGCCCUCGACAUGCGAAUCCUCGACCUCGGAGCCAAAAACUCCACUCUCCAGCAAGAGAACAUGCCCAUGCACAUCCGCAAGGGCAUCGCAGGCAAAGCCGCAAAUCGCGAAACCACGCGAAGAAGGGAGGCGAAAGAAAACGGAGUGAUUUUGGAGAAAUUCAAAAGCAGCGCGCCGUCCAAGGUACGGAAGCAGCGGCGAGAACGCGGUGUGGGAGGGGUGGGAAUUGGGAAGAUGCAAGGCAGCACGUUGAAAUUGAGUUCGUAUGAUAUUCGGAGUAUUGAAGGA